AUGCCUUAUAUUGGGUAUGGAACCAGAAAGCCACGAUCGUCCCAGUGCAGAUCUGCCGCGGACGGGGUAAUGAACACUUCAGGGUCACAUCCCGAACGUGUGCCUCCAGUUGCCGACGACGUCGAGUAUCAAGCAGUUUUGCUCAGUGUGCCAGGAUGCAGACUGAGGGGGAUUUUCCGAGCAGUAUUCUCAUUGAACCCACCCAAACGUGAUAAAGUUCAGGCUCAAUGGUAUCCCAGCAAUAGUAGAGAUAUCGUCAUUGAAGAUGGUCCGAUAAAUGUCGAGUUUAUGCGCCACUUGACCGGAAUAGAAGACUGCAGUGUAUUCGAAAGUACGGAAAGCUGGAUGUCGAAAGCUUUCAGCGGUAUUUUGGGGAAAGGUAGCAGCUCCCGUUUGCCAAGUAUGAGUGAAAGUGCUAAUAAUCCUGUCAUGACUUCUCCUGUGGUUUACCCUCGCUGCAGCGCUGCAGGCAUGUUCCACUUCUUUCGAGUGAUGGGUGGUCUACUUUGA